AUGUGUUGGAGAGAGUUGCCAAAUCUUGUCUUCAUUAUGGAGACAAAAUUGGAGUCUAGAAGAGUAGAGAGAGUUCGGAAGAAAUGUGGAUUUACAGAAGGUGUAGAGGUAAGCAGUAGUGGCAGAGCUGGUGGUCUUGCUCUUUGGUGGAGAGAUAUAAUGACCAAUAUGGUUUCUUUCUCCCAGAACCAUAUAACGGUGGAUGUGGUAGGAACUGACAAUAACCCUGUGUGGAGGGCGAUUGGUUGGUCUUUUUUUGGCGACUUUAAUGAAAUUCUAACAGAUGAUGAGAAGGUGGGAGGUGUUCCGAGAGCUGAACGGUGUAUGGAUGGAUUUUGCGAGGCGAUGGAUAGUAUGGGUGUGAGAGACUUGGGCUUUAAAGGAUGCAAAUUUACAUGGAAGAGAGGCUUAUCGGUCUCAAAUCUUGUCAGGGAAAGAUUGGAUAGAGGCUUGGCUAGUGAAGGCUGGUGUACCCUAUUUCCUGGUGCAAGUGUCAUUAAUUCUCCUAUUGAUGUAAAACUUUCUGAUCAUGGCCCUAUUGUCAUCAAGGUGGAUGGUAGUGCAGAUGGUGGGAGGAACAAGAAGUUGUUCAGAUUUGAGAAGCACUGGCUUUCGAGAACUGAGUGUGAGGGCGUUGUUAAAGACUAUUGGAGUAGUGCCUACAAUGACCCAAUACAAACAAAAAUUGCAGGGUGUGCGGUUGCUCUCAGCUCAUGGGCUGGCAAGACCUUUGGUGAUAUUAAGAAGAGAAAGAGGAAGGCAGAGGAAGAGCUCAAAGAAAUACAGAAGGGUGCCAUGGAUGAUGUUGGGUUGUCCCGGUGCAAACGCCUAUCAGAAAAGUUAGCUGAACUCCGUUUGAUGGAGGAGUCGUACUGGUAUAGCAGGGCUCGUGCGUGGACCUUAGAUGGAGAAGAAGCAUUAAAGGGGUUAUCUUGUAUGAUUACGGAGGAGAUGAACCAAACACUUUGCGCUGCUCCCACAAGUGCAAAGAUAUCUAAAGCUUUAUUUGAAAUGCAUCCGAACAAAGCCCCUGGGAUCGAUGGCGAAGGAUUAAUUCAUGGGGUGAAGGUAUGCCAUGGUGCUCCUAAUAUAUCUCACUUGUUUUUUGCGGACGAUAGCAUCUUUUUCUCUAGAGCUAACAUAAAUGAAUGCUCCAAGAUUGCAAAUAUUCUCACUAUUUUUGAGUCUGCGUCUGGUCAAAAAAUCAAUCUUAGUAAGUCGGAGGUGUCUUUCAGCAAGAAUGUGAGGCCGGAUAAGAGGAAAGAUAUUUGUGAGUUACUUGGUGUUGGGGAGGUAGAAAAACAUGAGAAAUAUUUGGGCAUACCUACCAUUAUCGGCAAAUCAAAGAAUAUUAUCUUUGCAAGUUUGAAGAGUAGGAUUUGGAAGAAGUUACAGGGUUGGAAGGAAAAACUCAUGUCAAAAGCAGGAAAGGAGAUUCUCCUAAAAUCUGUAGUGCUGGCCAUCCAGACAUACUUAAUGGGUGUGUUCAAGUUGCCAGGCGGACUGCUAGAUGAUAUUCACUCUGUGAUGGCUCGGUUUUGGUGGGGUAAUGGUGGUGACGGCAAAAUGCACUGGAAAUCAUGGGAGUACUUGUGCCGUCCAAAAUCCCGGGGAGGAAUGGGUUUUCGAGAUUUAAGGGUAUUUAAUCAAGCCCUGUUAGCGAAACAGGGGUGGCGACUCAUACAUGACAGGGAUACUCUACUAUACAAGGUUCUCAAAGCUAAGUAUUUUAAGUCCUCUGACUUUAUUGAGGCUCGGAGGGGGUUUGAUCCAAGUUAUACUUGGAGAAGCAUUUGGGGAGCAAAAUCCCUUCUGUUGGAAGGCUUAAUAUGGAGGGUGGAUAAUGGGUUGGAUAUUAAAGUAUGGAGUGACAAAUGGUUACCUAGGGAGACAGGUAACGAAAUACCCAUUCCCCCAGCUAAUGGACUACAUGAUCCUGAUCUCAGAGUAAGUGACAUCAUUGAUCAUCAAACUGGGCAGUGGGAUGUUAGGGAGAUGGGGCUGCACCUUGCAGCUACGGAUAUUGCUGAUAUAAUGAAUAUCCCCCUUCUUCCGUCACCUAGUCCUGACAUACCAGUCUGGAAAUUCACAAAGAACAGAGUUUUUUCUGUAAAAUCUGCAUACUGGUUCGGUAUGGAUAGCCCAUCUAGCGCUGAGAACUUGCAUAAUGAGGACUAUUGGAAGCCCCUUUGGUUGGUGGAAGGCCCCCCGAAGCUUAAACACUUUUUAUGGAGAGCAAGUCACAGGGCCCUAGCAGUGGGAAAAGAAUUACAUAGACGUCACAUGAGAGACACAAGGACAUGUCAAAGGUGCAAUGUGGAUGAGGAAUCAGUUGUCCAUGCUAUAUUCCAAUGUCCUACAUCCUGUAAAGUGUGGGAGGAAAGCCCAUUCAGAGACCACGUAGAAGCCAUUGAUGAGGAUGAUUUUUGCUCUUUACUGUCUCACUGGUUGCGGAACUUCUCCAGAGAGCAAUUCAGUAGGUUCGCUACCAUUAUGUGGGCAAUGUGGCUGUGCAGGAACAAAAUGAUUUUUGAGGACUCAACUCAAAACCCUCAUGAUGUUGCAAUUGGGCUGUUGAAAUUUGUUGCUGAGCACAAUAGCUACACAGCCAAGGAUCCCAGUAUUGCUGAAGCUGCAGCGGUGUUAUAUGGGGUUCAAUUGGCCAUCCAGAAUGGGUAUACGAAGGUAUGGGUUGAGAGUGAUGCAGCUAAUAUUAUACAGAAGCUCAACGUCCAUGUUCAGGAGCUGUCGUACUUGUAUUUGUUUAUUGAGAGGAUCCUACUGUUAGUUCCGAAUUUUAGCUACUUUAAAUGUAGUCAUGUGAGGAGGAAUGGUAACACCGUGGCUCAUCUGUUAGCCAGGUCGUGUACCCGUGAUGUACCUGAACAAUGUUACUUUGAGUCUUUUCCGGAAGGUGUACUUCGUCUUGCGGAAUUGGACAUUAAUUAA